UGUCAUUGCUGUGGAAGUUUGUUGCCUUUUAACCAAGAUGUCCACAGUAUUUACCAAACACCAGCAUUGGGUGGCCCAGUGAGAUGUGAACUAACCACAGGGUGGGGGAAAGAAAGAAAGCCUGCUACUGAGUGCUGUGACUUAGGUCACACAUGAUGUAGAUCAGAAAUUAGAGAAGUCAGAAGCUUGGUUGUGAAAUGAGCAUUCUGUUAAAUCUCCGCUUGCAGUAGGAACAAAGCCACCCUCUGCUGCCAUCUAAGCCUACACCAUGUUUCCCCUGGAACGAAUUCUGUUGGUGGUGUUUACAGUGUCUUCCCCUACAUGCUUGUUGACAUCAGUUGCUGGGACUACAAUACAGGGAAAAGUGGGCCAGAACAUCACUUUACCCUGUCAUUAUUCUACUGUGGAAAAUGGGAUCAGAACCAUAUGCUGGGGGCGAGGAAGUUGCCCUCUAUCUUGGUGUUCCAGUCAAAUUUUCCAGACCAACAAACGGAAAUCAAUAUAUAAGAAGGAUAGCAAGUAUUAUCUACUGGGAGAUGUUCAUCAAGGAGAUGUGUCUCUGACAAUUGUGAACGUAACAGAAGAAGAUUCGGGAACAUACUGUUGUCGUGUGGACAUAAGUGGCUUGUUCAACGAUCUGAAACAUAACAUUGAAGUUGUGAUUGAGAAAGGGAACUGGAGUCCAACUUCAGCUAGAGUACCAGCUACUAUACACUUCACUGAAACUUACUUUGCUUUGGAACCAAGAUGGAUGUCCAGCACACAAUCCCCACAGGAUAAUAUUUCUGUACAUUUUACCACACUAAAAAGAGAGAAAAGAAAAGAAGAACCUUCAAGGACAGUCCUAUAUAUUGGCACUGGAACAUGUGCAGUAGUAUUAUUGCUCAUUGUGGCAAUGCUGGCACUUAAGUGGUAUUUACACAAGAAGCAGAAGAUGAGUAAUUCUAUAAGUCAGGUGGCAAUCUCAAGCUCAGCCACUGGAGGAAUUCGACAUGUUAUGGAGACUGGUGUCCGUGCACCAGAAAAUAUUUAUGAGAUGGAUUAGAAUAAGAAUAAUAUGCACAGUUUGGAUUGUGUUGACAACUACACCAAGAGGUGUUAUUUGGAGCAGACUGGCUAUCAAAAAGAUAUCAGCAAAACAAUGAGUAUGUCCAGAUUCACUGGUGGCCAGACUUUUUGGGGAGAACUUCACAUGUUUUUCUACAGCGUGAGACACUGCAACUUUAUUACAGUACAUAUGCAUACCAUUGUGCUUUGAUGUGUGUUUCCCUCUAGUAUGUUGUGUAAGAGAAACAGACCGGAACUGGAAGCCUGACUCUAUGCCAUAGCCCAGCCUUUCCCACCCUGGUGUCCCCUAGAUGGGUUGACCUACAACUCCCAUCAGCCCAGACAGCAUGGCCAGUGGCUAGGGAUGAUGAAAUUUGCCAUGCAAAAUAUUUGGAGGGCAUCAAGUUGGAAUAGGAUGCCACAACCAGUUUCUCCUUCUGAAGAACCACACCACAGUCGCCUACUGUCUGUUUAAUUGGCCAUCCAUCACCUAAAGCAGGGGUCUGCAACCUUUAAGACAAAAAGAACCACUUGGACCCUUUUUCCGAAGAAAAACAAACUGGGAGCCGCAAAACCGGGAAGGUGACGUCGGGACAGUGCGUGACUAAUGCACGCACCACCCCCAUGCGACGUUAC